AUGACUGCCACCAUAGUCUCUGAAGUCACUCUCCGGUCCUCCUCUGGCCAGCGAAAGAUGCCGGUGAUGGGCCUGGGCACCGCGCCGGAAGCCACCAGCACAGUCACCACCAAAGAUGCUGUCCUUGAGGCCAUCAAGCAGGGCUACAGGCACUUUGAUGCUGCUUCUGCUUAUGGCGUGGAACAGUCUGUGGGAGAAGCCAUAGCAGAAGCACUUAAACUUGGACUAGUUGCAUCAAGGGAUGAACUCUUUGUCACUUCCAAAUUGUGGGUCACUGAUAACCAUGCACAGACCAUUGUUUCAGCUCUCCAGAAAUCUCUCAGGACACUUCAACUCGAGUACUUGGAUCUCUUUCUGAUCCACUGGCCCAUUGCUACUAAGCCUGGGAAAGUUGUGUACCCCAUCGAAGUAUCAGAGAUAGUGGAGUUUGACGUGAAGGGUGUGUGGGGAUCCAUGGAGGAAUGCCAAAGACUUGGCCUCACCAAAGCCAUUGGAGUCAGCAACUUCUCCAUCAAGAAGCUUGAAAAAUUGCUCUCUUUUGCUACCAUCCCUCCUGCAGUGAAUCAAGUAGAAGUUAACCUUGGCUGGCAACAACAGCAACUAAGAGAAUUCUGUAAGGAAAAGGGUAUCACUGUAACUGCUUUCUCACCCCUGAGGAAGGGUGCUAGUAGAGGUGCUAAUCUUGUGAUGGACAAUGAUGUACUCAAAGAAUUGGCUGAUGCUCAUGGCAAAACUGUUGCUCAGAUUUGUCUUCGAUGGCUGUAUGAACAAGGAUUAACCUUUGUGGUGAAGAGCUAUGACAAGGAGAGGAUGAAGCAAAACUUGGGGAUUUUUGAUUGGUCAUUAACUGAGGAAGAUUACAAGAAGAUAAGUGAAAUCCAUCAAGAGAGGCUCAUCAAAGGACCAACCAAGCCUCUUCUUGAUGAUCUAUGGGAUGAAGAAUGA